CGAAGCUGUGUGGGUUUUUCCUGACAGGGCAUGCCCAGCGUUUUGGCUUCUCAGAGUUGGUGGCGGCUUACGCGGGUCUUCGAGUAGUUCCCGAGCCAGCAGUCGUCAACCGCCCACCAAGAGUCCUUCGCUCCUGGGCGGCCCACAGCCGGCUCUGCUUCUGUCGCUAAGAUGAGCACCCACCAUUCCUUUCCUUUUGACCGUGAGCAUCGUGUCCAGAGCACGUUGAAGAAGGUCUUCGGGUUUGACUCUUUUAAGACACCUUUACAGGAGAGUGCAACCAUGGCUGUAGUGAAAGGCGACAAGGAUGUCUUCGUGUGCAUGCCCACAGGGGCAGGAAAAUCCCUCUGCUAUCAGCUUCCUGCUCUGUUGACCAAAGGCAUCACUGUCGUAGUCUCUCCUCUCAUUGCUUUGAUUCAGGACCAAGUGGACCACUUGCUGGCCUUGAAGGUCCAAGUGAGUUCCCUGAACUCGAAGCUCUCGGCCCAGGAGAAGAAGGAGCUGCUCUCUGACUUGGAGCAAGAAAAGCCCCGGACCAAACUCCUGUAUAUCACCCCGGAGAUGGCAGCUGCAGCCUCCUUCCAGCCCACCCUGAACUCCCUUGUGUCCCGCCGCUUGCUCUCCUACCUGGUUGUGGAUGAAGCUCAUUGUGUUUCCCAGUGGGGGCACGACUUCCGUCCUGACUACUUGCGUCUGGGUGCCCUGCGUUCCCGCCUGGCACACGCUCCAUGUGUGGCUCUGACUGCCACCGCCACCCCGCAGGUCCAGGAGGAUGUGUUUGCUGCUCUGCACCUCAAGCAACCAGUUGCUGCCUUCAAGACUCCCUGCUUCCGGGCCAACCUCUUCUACGAUGUACAGUUCAAGGAACUGCUCUUUGAUCCCUUCGGGAACCUGCGGGACUUCUGCAUUAAGGCUCUUGGACAGAAGGCUGAUAAACGGUUGUCUGGCUGCGGCAUUGUCUACUGCAGGACCAGAGAGGCUUGUGAACAGCUGGCGAUAGAGCUCAGUUACAGGGGAGUGAACGCCAAGGCUUACCAUGCAGGUCUGAAGGCUUCUGAAAGAACACUGGUGCAGAAUGAGUGGAUGGAGGAGAAGGUCCCUGUAAUUGUUGCAACCAUUAGUUUUGGUAUGGGAGUGGACAAAGCCAACGUCAGGUUUGUUGCCCACUGGAAUAUCGCCAAGUCUAUGGCUGGGUACUACCAAGAGUCUGGCCGGGCAGGCAGGGACGGGAAGCCUUCCUGGUGCCGUCUCUAUUACUCCAGGAACGACCGGGACCAAGUCAGCUUCCUGAUCAGGAAGGAAGUAGCAAAACUCCAGGAAAAGAGAGGGAACAAAGCAUCUGAUAAAUCUGCCUUCUUGGCCUUUGAUGCCUUGGUGACCUUCUGUGAAGAAUUGGGGUGCCGCCAUGCUGCUAUUGCCAAAUACUUUGGGGAUGCGCCCCCCACCUGCACCAGAGGCUGCGACCACUGCCAGAACCCUGCAGCUGUGCAGAAGCAGCUGGACGCCUUGGAGCAAAGAAGCAGCUGGAGCAAGACCUGCAUUGGGCCCUCCCAGAGGAAUGGCUUCGACCCUGAGCUCUAUGAAGGAGGCCGCAGAGGCUCCAGGGGCUUCAGCAGAUACGAUGAAGGCUCUGGAGGCAGUGGUGACGAGGGCAGAGAUGAGAUGCACAAGCGGGAAUGGAACCUCUUCUACCAGAAGCAGAUGAGUCUGCGCAAGGGCAAGGACCCCAAGAUAGAAGAAUUUGUACCCCCAGAUGAAGACUGUCCCUUGAAAGAGGCUUCUAGCAGGAAGAUCCCCAGGCUCACUGUGAAGGCCCGUGAGCACUGCCUGGGGCUUCUGGAGGAGGCUCUGAGCAGUAACCGCCAGGCCACAGGUGCCACUGAUGGACUUGAUCUCCGGGCCACGGCUGUGGAGCUGGAACAUGAGACAUUCCAACACGCCAAGGCAGCCAACCUGUACAAGGCCAGCGUGCUGAAGAAGGUGGCUAAGAUCCACAGAGCCUCCAAGGACGGGCAGCUGUACGACGUGGGAGGCAGUGCCAAGAGCUGCAGUGCCCCGGCCGAGCCCCCAGAGCCCACUGAGUAUGACAUCCCGCCGGCCUCCCAGGUGUACUCGCUCAAACCCAAGCGGGUGGGAGCUGGGUUCCCCAAAGGCUCCUGCCAGUUCCAGACGGCCACAGAGCUGAUGGAGAAGACGCUGGCCAAGGGGGAAGCCCCCCAGCCUGUGCCGGGAGGAGAGCAGGAGCCCCCGGGCCGGCCCUGUGACCUCCAGGGUGAGGACAGCAGUGAGCCCAACCCUAGGCUCAGAGGAGAGGCCCCCAGAAGCAGUGCUCACUGUGGGGGCCCCUCCCCCAAGAAGAAGGCGAAAGGCCCCUCUAGGGGCAGUGCCAUUGCCAAGACCAGGGCCAACAAGAAGCAGCAGCUCCUAGCCACUGCGGCUUGCAAGGAUUCUCAGAGCAUCACCCGCUUCUUCUGCCAAGGGGCCGAGAGCCCGGCUCCACGCACUUCAGCCCCAGGGGCGAAAGGUGCCAGCCCCUCCUGUGAGGGGGUGCGGGGACCGCCAGCCGUGACCCCAGAGAAGUGCACAGGGGAGGAGGACGGAGCCCCGGGGCAUCUGGCUGCCUGCGCCCAGACGAAGGAGCGCACCAGGUUGGGGCCAAGUGCCCGCCCUCUCAGAGACCAGGGGCCCCCUGAAGGCCAACCUACCCUCACAAAGGAGACACAGAGGGGCAAGCGGCCCAGACCCCUGCAGGAGAACCCAGAGAGCCAGGCUCAGAAGAGGCCUCGCCCCUCAGCCAGUGCCUCCGUCUUAGCUGAGGCCCGGCACAAUAUCUCGGCCAGUGAUCAGGGCGCUGUGAAUGCCACGGCCCAAGCCUCCCACCAGCUCCCACCUCCUGGCAUCUCCUUGAAGGUGGCUGCGAACAUCGUGGUCCAGUGCCUAACCCCUUUCUACAAGGAGGGCAAGUUUGCAUCCAAGGAAUUGUUUAAAGCCUUUGCCCGCCACCUGUCGCACUCCUUAACGCAGAAGCCCUGUCCUGGGAGGAGCGUGAAGGAAGAGGCCCAGAACCUCAUCAGGCGGUUUUUCCAUGGCCGGGCCCGGUGCGAGCGUGAAACUGACUGGCACGGCCUAUGUGACCCACAGAGAUGAGAGAUGACUGACCGCUGCCCAGCAGGGCCAGUGUGCUCCCCCGGACUCUGCCGGAGCCAGCCUCGGCCUGACUCAGGCUGGGGGAGGUAGCCAGGCUUGCUGCUGCCAAGGGCUUCGUCUCUUCUCAGGGUCUUUCCCCUUUUCAACCACAUGUUGCUGCGGAGGUGGCCCUGGACACCUCCCGCAUCAGGGUUAGAGGCCAGAGGUCAGCCCACCUUCCUUUCUUCUGCCUCUCCUGGCCCUCAUGGCUGGAUUUUCUGAGCCAGACCCCAGAUCAGAAGGAGGCAGGUGGUGUGGCUGCUGCCAGGGGAACAGGAGGAAGAAAUGGUCCCUUCACCUCCAGCACUUGAGUUGUGAGCCGGGGUGAGGUGCCCCCGUACGAGGCAUUGGGGUCUCCUCAGGAAGAGCCCUGGGGCCCAGGUGCAGAGGGGCAGCGGCCAGGCCCGGCUCCCUCUCGGCUUCUGGUCAGGAAGGCCGGGCCGUACCAAGACGUUUGCUAGAGGAAUAAAGUCCUGUUUGUCCCAACA